GUUCAAGCCCAAAAGUUCGAAUGGCUGCUCUAUUACACUAUGUAUAUGAGCAUUGAGGAUGACCUACCUAUAGGAUAACACGAAGAUGAAGGUCAGGGGAAGCCCUGGGAAAGCCCUGGAAAUUGAUGCACAACCAACUCAACGUGAGCCUUGGCGCGCGGUUUUAUUUAAGUCCUUUCUUUCGACUUUUGAUAGUCGCCUUCCUUCAUCUGCCUUCAUUCGCAAGGCUUACGGUGAGGCUUGCCGUUCGCAAAUAUCAAUACGGCCACUAUACGCCGCCGACGCUCUUUAUCACCGUUUGGAUACCUAUAAACAACUAUCACUGUUUUUCAUUUCCUCCUUCCUUUCCAUUACCUUUGCUUUAGAUGGGCGGUACUAAAUUUGUGGAUUCUUACUCUAGUCGCAGGCAUACCCCUCGCGCAUCCAAUUGUUUCGCAGCAGACCCAACAAACACUCUCACAGAUCGUUUGAACGUUGCAUUAAACUCUUCUGGCCAAGGAUACAUUUUAUCAUUAUGCCCCAACACUCAAUAUCCUAUCCAAGCCCCGAUACUUUUCGCGUUUGCUAAUCAAGAAAUCAGUACAGAAGGUUACCCGACCGACGACUCGAGGGCUCUAAUUAUCGUGAACGGUACGGUGAAUAACGGCACUGGACAGACCACCGCUAUCGACGGAACAUGCGCUCAGUGCGAUGGAGUCAGGCUGCGUAACGUGCAGAUCAAUGGUUCACGGAAUGGUGGCGCUCCCGUCACUGGUGGGGGAAAUGUGGAAAUGGGUGGUUCCAAUUCCAAUCAGCUGGUGGAAUAUGUCAAGUCUUAUAACCCUAGGGGUUGGACGUGUCUUCAUAUCUCGGAAGGUGCCCUUAGCUGCAACAAUGUUACAGUCCAGAAUAACGAUGUUGGGCCUUGUGGUACGGACGACUUCCAGCAAUGGGCAGACGGGCUCAGUAUCAGCUGUCAGAAUGCAGUCGUGCGGAAUAACAUGGUUGAGAAUCCUACCGAUGGUGGGAUUGUUAUUUUCGGCUCCCCAGGCACCCAGGUGUAUAAUAACACGAUCUGGGUCGUUAACCAAACACUCUUAGGCGGAAUUAACAUGGUGGACUAUGAUCCUUGGAACGGGAACUACACGAAUACAGUCGUGUACAACAACACGAUCCUUGGCGGAUUUUCCGACGAGAAAGAAGAGUCUAAUGAAACUGAUGGCACGAGCUCGGACGACGUUAUUAUCAAGAUUGGGAUCGCUAUCGGCCCUCGGACAUGGUUCGGCUCUGAAUACGGUAACAAUGUCAGCUUGUCUGGCAACGUCUACAACAACCGUCUUUCGGGUGCUUUCAGUUACGCUAUUGGAAUGACUUCUGCGAAGAAUUUCACGGUAGAGAAUAACGUUCUUUUUGGCAACACUUCGUUUAUAGGCGCGCGAGGACCCAAUUGUAGCUCAACUGAUACCACACCUUCUCCUGCGGCAUUUGUCAUUGACCAGAGUACGGUCUCUCAGUCAACGACACAAAGCAAUUUUACUUCAAUCAGCGAUGGUAACUCGUUAACCUGCGUACAACCACCAGAUGGUGGAGAUUACUGGCCUUUCGGUGGCAACCCCUCUGCGACGACGCCUUCAUCUACAUCUAGUGGAAAAUCCUCUUCGUCGACUGCUGGUAUUGUAGUCGGUGUCAUUGUUGGACUAUUGUUCGUUGCGGUUUUAGCAUUUUUCAUUCGGCGUUGGGUAUUGAAACGCGCCGAAGCGCAGAGACUUUACGAAGCUUCGCGAAGGUCGAAGUACAUUAAAACUUAGAGAGAGAAACCUUGUUUUUUAUUAUCUAUCUGCCAUUUGCUACUUAUUAUCUUUUGUAGAAUACUCUUCUAGCUUUUGUUGUACAUUGUUCUUACAGUUGGUGUUAUCCUUGAUUACAGGGCUCCGUUUCUUCAUUCAAAUUCUACAUCGCUAUUUCGGUACAAUACACUCUACUGUUACGAGGAUAUUGGAGAAAUUUAAAUAAUAAAUUGCUCUCA